AUGAAAAGCAAUCAACCCAGAGCUGAAAGGAUUUACAUAUUGAUUGAAUUUCAGAUUUUUAAUAUUAUGUCAACCUUCUGAAGUUCAAAAUGUGAAAGAAUGAAAUAAAUUUUGCAGUAAAUUAUUUUUUAAUCCUGCUCAAGGUGACGUCAGAGUCUUUCGCCAAUGUAAUUCGAUCAUUGUUAUAUAAAGGGUGUUAUUCUCGACAAUAUUCCACUUCAAUUUAUUAUAGUCUCAACACCACAACAAAGAAAUCCAAAAUGGGAAAGCUGUGUGACUUCUUGCUAGCUUUGCUUAGUUUGCUAGAACUUCAACUAAGCUGUUGCAGAGCAGAAGAUAGCGAUUUUAUGACGACUUCCGAUGGUAGACAAGAGCUUUACCAGCAUCCUUCAUUUUUAAUACUUAAAGACAACCCACCGAACGAGCACUUUUGGAAAAAUCACGCAGCAAAUGACAUGGACAACCAAGACAUCGAUGAAAUUGGAGAUUGGAAACGCGGAUUUGGUGAAAAGAGAGGAUUCGGUGAAAAAAGAGGAUUUGGCGAAAAGAGAGGAUUUGGAGAGAAAAGAGGCUUCGGUGAGAAAAGGGGUUUUGGUGAAAAACGUGGAUUUGGAGAUAAACGAGGCUUUGGAGAUAAACGAGGCUUUGGAGAUAAAAGAGGUUUUGGUGAUAAACGAGGAUUUGGCGAUAAGCGGGGUUUCGGAGAUAAACGCUCUUUUGGAAAUUCUCAAGAUGGUUACAUUGUUCCUUUGUUAGCUCAGUGGGUUCGCAUUCUAAAUCCAGAUGAUACCAUGAGAUACAAGCAUUUGACUACUGGACUAUCAAAGCAUCUACCUGAAAUUUACUUUAGUAAAUCUUCAUCAGUUUAACUAAAUAGACAUUAGAAGAAAGUUGUACUGAAUAUGAUCCAAUAAACAGAUUACAACAACAUGAUUGAAAAAAUAAUUAAAAACGCAACUUUGAAAUUAUCAGGUUAAAAAAAAUAGCUCUUUCGAUCUAUGCAAAUUAAAUUAAGAUAUCUGUGAUCAUCAAAACCUUGAGAUCUUAGAAUUUGUAUCACAGGAAAAAAAUAAAUAUUUUGAAAUCAUA